CACCUUAUCGACCUUUCCCCACCCUGCUCUUCCUUAGUUCCGACUGUACUCGGAGCUUGGUUCAAAUUCCGCGCACCCGCACCGAUACCGCGACUUGCGUGCUGUCAACAAAUCCCCAGCUUCUCCCGCUAUUCCCUCCUCUUUCCCCGAACCCAACAGCACAAACGAAAACACCGAAAAUCAUCCUACGACCUCUAUGGUUCUCGCGCGUGUUUGUACAUAAGGAAUUACAGCUAUGGAGGUUGCCAGUGCGGAGGCCUCCAACGGGGUCCCGCCAUCGGCGCAGACCACUGCCUUGGUCGACCCAAGUACUGUUAUUCAGUACUUGAUCGAGGUGCUGCAGGUGACUUUGGGCGCUCUGAGAACCGAGCUAGAAAGUACCGGAAGCUUGCUAUCCAAGGCCAAAUACAAUGAAACCGUGCAGCGGUGUACCCGGUUUGCCUCAGAGUCGCAGGUCGCUCUCUAUGUGCAGAAAGACCUGGUGACCGCUGAGGAGACAAACGAGACCGACGAUGAGGAGGAAUCGUCAAGCCAGUACGUUUACAGCCUCUCUGCCGAAAUCUCGUCCUCCCCCACGACCGUUGCGUCUGUCGCCUUCAUCAAGCGGCCCGCCGCCAUCGAUUCGUCGCUUCCCAUCUCGUCGCAAAUUCAAGUCCUAAACCUGCCGGGUGUGGCAUCCUCGAGUGCUGCCCCGGCCCAGCAGAGCAACUCCCUUUCACCCUACGAGAUCCUGCACCUGCUGCUCCACCAUGCGCUGAGUCCUUACUUCGAAGCCUAUACCCGCACCCAGGAGGUCGCUGGUGCAGCGAAGCCUCGGACGGAUACGGAGGUGAAGACUGGUGUUCCUGGCACCAAGAAGAAAUUCGCGGAGCUGGAACUUGGACUUCUGCAUCUGCAGCAGAAUGUCGAGAUCCCCGCCUUGAACCUGCCGCUUCAUGAGGUGGUUCAGGGGGCGCUCAUCGAGGCGGAGAAGCGAGGAGUCAGGCCUUCCGUGGAGUUGAUCAGCCCGGCGAUACUGGAAAGCAGCGCCUUCAUAAACAGUAUUCAGAGCAACGUCAAUGGCUGGAUUCGAUCUAUUCAAACGAUCACCAAGAUGUCCCGCGAUGCCGAUAGUGGUUCCGCAGCUCAAGAGAUCAGCUUUUGGCUGUCGAUGGAAACGGCUCUCGAAGGUAUUGAGGCUCAGUUGCGCGGCGACGGCGUCCAGCUGACGAUGGACAUUCUACUUCACGCGAAACGUUACCAAGCUACUACCAGUUUCAACACCGAUACGGGCCUGCGCGAAGCGACCGAUCUGGUCCAGAAAUACAACCAGCUCAUGCGGGACUUCCCUUUGGAUGAGCUGCUGUCGGCGACCACCUUGCAGAAGGUUCAGGAAUCUCUGAACCUGAUCUUCAACCACCUGAACAAGAAGCUGAAGAUCUGUCCGUAUCCCAUCAAGCGCGCACUUUCACUGGUGGAAGCCAUUUCUGGAGAUCUCGAUGGAGUCAUCCAUAAAUUGCUUCACGGGCGCACUAUUCUCCAUCUCGAUUAUCGCGAGUUCCGGUCUUUGAUGAAGACUGCUGGAGCCAUCUGGAGAACCUGGGAUGAAAAUCUGAAGGAGUUCACCAACGUCGCUCGUGAAGCGACCAGACGCCGCAACGAGAAGUUCAUUCCCAUCAAGAUCAUUGCACGUCAUGAAAAGACUAAAGAACGACUGAAGUAUAUCAACACGUUCCGGGUCAACCAUGAACAGCUUCAACGCACCAUCGUGAACGUCCUCAGCUCGAAGACAUCCUCUGCGGGGGAUGCGGCUGCCGGAGCCGCUGCCGAAGGUGCUGUCAUUGUCGAGGAGAUUGGCGACGUUGACGCGGUCGAAGAAGUUGCACAAGCCUACGCAGCUUUGAGAAACGUGGACGUGUUGGACGUCUCUCCUUAUGGCACUCAGCAGUGGAUUAAGGAGGAAAUCGCCUACAACGAGCGUACCUCUCGUGUGGAGAAUUCCAUCAUCGCCCGUCUCCGUGACCGUCUCGCCACAGCGAAGAAUGCUAAUGAGAUGUUCCGUGUCUUCUCGAAAUUCAAUGCUCUUCUUGUUCGCCCGAAGAUUCGAGGUGCGAUCGGCGAAUACCAGACGCAACUCAUCGAAAAUGUCAAGCAGGACAUCUCUGCCUUACAUGAGCGUUUCAAGCAACAGUAUGGCCAUUCCGAAGCACAUGCUAUGGCUCAAUUGCGCGAUAUGCCCCCUGUCUCCGGUGCCAUCAUUUGGGCACGUCAAAUCGAGCGUCAAUUAGACGGAUACAUGCGCAAGGUUGAGAAUGUGCUUGGCGAGGACUGGCACCUUCAUUCCGAGGGUCAGAAGCUUCAGGCCGAGAGUAAUCUGUUCCGCAAGAAGCUGGAUACGCGCCCAGUCUUCGAGUCUUGGCUCCAUGAUGUACAACGGCGGCAUAUUACCAUCUCGGGCCGGCUUUUCAACAUCGUCCGCAAUCGCGCAGCUGGGAACACGCUGGAGCUAACUGUCAACUUUGAUGCCCAGAUCAUUGCUCUGUUCAAGGAAGUCAGAAACCUCAUCUGGCUUAAUUUUCAGGUUCCACAUGCAGUGAGCAACAUUUCCAAAGAAGCGAAGCGCGUCUAUCCCUAUGCGAUUAGUCUGAUGGAGAGUGUGCGCACAUUGUUGCAAACAAAUCGCUCGAUCAUGGCAAUGACUGAGGUCGCUAUCUUGUUGAAUGGAUACGUGAACGAUGCUCAAACCAUGAUUAUCAAGGGUGUUCCCCUGAGAUGGGAGUCAUUCGUCCACUCAGGAGAGAGCAAGCAUGUUCAAUUCGUGCGUGAAUUCGGUGGAGCAGCAUCCGUACUUCAGUCCAAGACAGCGGUUCUGGCUUCCAUCAACGAAAAUAUCCAAAAAGCGAUUCACGAGCUGAAGACUUGUCCCUAUGAUGCUACUGCAUUUAGACAACGCCUAGAUGUUAUUCAGGUUUCAGUUGAUAAGCUGAAUUUGGAGAACUAUGUGAAUCUUGGCUACUGGGUCGCUAAUCUGAAUCAAAAAAUUGAGUUGAUUUUGCGUGAGCGGCUUCACCGUGCCAUUCGUGAAUGGAUCCUGUCGUUUCAGGAAGCAACGGAUAGCCACCACACCAUGCAAGUUUCGAGUGGAGUACAAACCGGUGAGACCGAAGCCUCAUUGUACAGUAUUGAGUUCCCUGGCUUGGUUCACGAGAUUUCUAUGCGUAACCAGGUGCUUCACUUGGAUCCACCUCUUCAGUAUGCCCGCGCGAGUUGGUUCUCGCAUUUUGAUAACUGGCUUGGCGUUAUCUGCAACCUUGAAAAGAUCAAGUCGUCUAGAUACCAGAUCUCGAUUGAUGUGCAGAAAGUUCAGCUCUCUGAAGCAUGCUUUGCUACUCUUCCCCAAUAUUGCACCCAUGAACUGAACCAGGUUUACAACACGAUCGAGUUGAGAGUGAAGGAGGUUUCGGCGUAUGUGGACAAGUGGUUGCAAUUCCAGUCCCUUUGGGACUUGCAGUCGGAACAAGUCUAUGACAUCCUCGGUGAUGACCUUUCUCAAUGGUUGCAAUUACUUCAGGAAAUCCGAAAGAGCAGGGCUACCUUCGACACCUCGGAAGUGAGCCGGUCAUUUGGUAACAUCAAGAUCGAUUACGAACAAGUCCAGACACGUGUCAAUGCCAAGUACGACCAGUGGCAGCACGAGAUUCUACUCAAGUUUGGAUCGAAGCUCGGAGGCCGCAUGAGGGAGAUCCAUUCUGAGAUCGCUACUGCUCGCAGGGAUCUGGAAGGACAAACCCUGGAGGCAGCCUCUACAGCACACGCUGUCUCUUUCAUCACGAUUGUCCAGCAGUGCAAGCGCAAGGCCAAGGUCUGGGAACCUGAGGUUGAUCUUUUCCGUCAGGGGCAGGCUACCCUUGCUCGCCAGCGCUAUCAGUUCCCCAGCGAUUGGCUCCAUGUUGAGAACGUCGAUGGGGAAUGGGCAGCCUUGAAUGAACUUCUUGCCCGGAAGAGCAAGAUUGUCCAAGAUCAGACUGAAGGACUUCGUGCGAAGAUUGCGGCCGAAGACAAGGUUAUUGGUGACAAGAUCACCGAGGUCAUCAGCCAAUGGAACGAAGAGAAGCCCGUGUCUGGAACAAUCCCGCCGGAUGAAGCAUCUCGCACUCUGAGCUCGUUCCAGUCUCGUCUUGAGUCUCUCCAGUCCGAGUAUGAGAUGGUAUCCAAGGCGAAGGAAGCUCUUGAUCUGCCAGCUGGCGUAGAGUCUGCGUUGCCAGCCAUCCUGGAAGAGGUGCAAGAUUUCAUGUCGGUCUGGGCAGCUUUGUCCACCAUCUGGAAGAGCCUCAACGAUCUCCGGGACAUGCUCUGGACGAGUGUGCAACCGAGAAAGCUCCGCCAAUCCAUUGAUGGCCUGAUUAAGAUGACGAAGGAAAUGCCUAGUCGCAUGCGUCAGUAUGCCGCCUUCGAGCACAUUCAAAAUGUCCUUCGGCAGCUACUCAAAGUCAAUCCCUUGCUUUCCGACAUGAAGUCUGAGGCCGUUCGCGAGCGCCACUGGCACAAGAUCUACAAGGCACUGAAGCCGGGCAAGAGGUUCUCUCUUGUCUCCCUAACCCUCGGCGAUGUGUGGGAUCUUCAGCUUGCUGUCAGUGAGACCAUCAUCCGUAAUAUCAUUGCACAAGCACAGGGUGAAAUGGCAUUGGAGGAGUUCUUGAAGUCUGUUCGUGAAACGUGGCAGAACUACUCGCUGGACCUCGUCAAUUAUCAGAACAAAUGUCGUCUCAUUCGAGGAUUCGAUGACUUAUUUGCGAAGUGCAGCGAGAACCUGAACUCUCUGCAGGCAAUGAAGCAUUCACCUUACUACAAGGAAUUCGAGGAGGAAGCUUCCUCAUGGGAGGACAAGCUGAACAGAGUUCAUGUUCUGUUCGACGUCUGGAUCGAUGUUCAGAGACAGUGGGUUUACCUUGAAGGUGUUUUCACUGGUAAUGCCGACAUCAAGCACUUGCUGCCCCUUGAAUCGAGUCGCUUCCAGAACAUCAACUCUGAGUUCUUCGCCGUCAUGAAGAAGGUUUACAAGUCGCCUUUCGUGCUGGAUGUCCUUGCCAUCAACGGUGUGCAGAAAUCAUUGGAGCGUUUGGCCGAGCUGCUGAACAAGAUCCAGAAGGCAUUGGGAGAAUAUCUUGAGCGGGAGCGUGUGUCCUUCCCUCGUUUCUACUUUGUUGGUGACGAGGAUCUGCUCGAGAUCAUUGGUAACUCCAAUGAUAUCUUCCGCGUCGCCAAACAUUUCAAGAAGAUGUUCGCUGGUCUCUCAGGUGUCCUGAUGGAUGAUGAGAACAACAUCAUCGGCUUCACGUCCAAAGAGGGCGAGGAGGUCCGACUCAAGAAAGAGGUCAACUUGGUCAAAACGCCGAGGAUCAACGAUUGGCUCAGUGCUAUUGAAAGUAAUAUGAAGCUAACACUCGCCGAACUCCUGGCGGAAGCCGUAGAGCAAUUUGAGCCUCUCUACAACGCCCCCGAAGUUGACCACACCGCCUUUAAUGACUUUCUUGCAAACUACCCUGCGCAGAUCGUCGUUCUUGCCACUCAAGUCUCAUGGACCAGUGCAGUCCAGAGAUCUCUGGAGAAUGGUGGAAGCAAUCUCCCUGCUCUGUUUGAUGCUCAAGUCCGCGUUCUGGAGCUGUUGGCCGCCACCGUUCUUGGCGAGCUGGAUGGAAUCACUAGAAAGAAGUGCGAGCACUUGAUUACAGAAUUCGUCCAUCAACGUGAUGUGAUCUCGAAGCUUAUUUCCAUGAACGCCUCCACCCCAACGCAUUACUUGUGGCUUCUUCAGAUGCGCUAUGUCUACCACGCCGAAGGGGACUUCCUCCAGAGACUGUAUGUUCACAUGGCUAAUGCUAAGUUGAACUAUGGCUUCGAAUAUCUGGGUGUCCCUGAACGUCUCGUCCGCACUCCUCUUACCGAUCGCUGUUUCCUUACACUCACCCAAGCCCUGUGUCAAAGACUGGGUGGUUCUCCUUACGGUCCCGCCGGUACUGGAAAGACUGAAUCAGUCAAAGCGCUUGGUCUCCAGCUCGGGAGAUUCACCCUCGUCUUCUGCUGUGACGACACUUUCGAUUUCCAGGCCAUGGGCCGCAUCUUCCUGGGUAUCUGUCAGGUCGGUGCCUGGGGUUGUUUUGAUGAGUUUAACCGUCUGGAGGAGAGAAUUCUGUCGGCCGUGUCUCAGCAAAUUCAGAACAUUCAAAUCGGUCUACGGACUGGUGAAGACGAUGACAAAGCCCAGAUUGAGCUGGUCGGUAGACGUCUCUCUGUUAACCUCAACACUGGUAUCUUUAUCACCAUGAACCCUGGUUAUGCAGGACGUUCCAACCUCCCAGACAACUUAAAGAAGCUUUUCCGCAGCGUUGCCAUGUCCAAGCCCGACAAGGAACUGAUUGCCGAGGUGAUGCUUUUCUCCCAAGGUUUCAAGCAAGCCAAGCGUCUCUCGACACAGACUGUUCCUUUCUUCGACCACUGUUCCUCUCAGUUGUCCAAGCAGGCUCACUACGAUUUCGGUCUUCGUGCCCUCAAGAGCGUCUUGGUCAGUUCAGGAGGUCUCAAGCGUGCCAGAAUCGCCAAUUCAGACGGCGAACUGGGACCCGACGAAAUCGUUGAGCCCCAGAUUAUUGUUCAGAGUCUUCGCGAGACGAUUGCUCCCAAGCUGGUCCGCGAGGAUGUGGAGAGAAUGCUCGAAAUUCAGAGGCAGGAUUUCGCUGGGGUCGAAUACGUGCCUGCCAACUAUGAGAAGCUCACUGCAGCUGUCCGUGAGAUUGCCAAGGAACAACACUUCGUCGAUAGCGAGAUGUGGAUCACAAAGGCCCUGCAGCUCUACCAGAUCCAGAGUAUCCAUCAUGGUGUCAUGAUGGUGGGUAAAUCCGGAUCCGGUAAAUCUGCUGCAUGGAAGAUUCUUCUGCAGGCCCUCCAGCGCAUCGAAAAUGUCGAAAGCGUGUCCCACAUCAUCGACUCUAAGGUCAUGUCCAAGGAAGCACUCUAUGGUAGUUUGGAUGCAACUACUAGAGAGUGGACUGAUGGUCUCUUCACUGGUAUCCUUAGAAAGAUCGUGGAUAACCUUCGAGGUGAAGAUGCGAAGCGUCACUGGAUUGUUUUCGACGGCGAUGUCGAUCCGGAAUGGGUCGAGAACUUGAACAGUGUUUUGGAUGACAACAAACUCCUGACCCUUCCCAACGGAGAGCGUCUCAACCUGCCGCCUAAUGUCCGUGUCAUGUUCGAAGUCGAAAGCUUGAAGUACGCGACUUUGGCAACGGUCAGUCGCUGUGGUAUGGUCUGGUUCAACGACGAUACGGUCACUCCUUCAAUGAUGAUCUCGAAUUAUGUCGAGUCGCUCAGAACUCGAACUUUCGAGGACCUGGAUGAUGACAGUGCUCCUGCCGGUCAAGCUGCCAUCAAGACUCAGGAUGCCCAGGAGAUGCUUUCUAAUAUCCUCAAGCAUCUGUUGCAGACUGAUGAACUCGUCCUGAAGUCUCUCGACGAAGCCAAGAAUUACAAUCACAUCAUGGAGUUCACUAGUAUCCGUGCUCUGAACACUCUUUUCAGUCUCCUCAACAAAGCCUGUCGGAAUGUUCUGGAGUACAACAUCCAACACGUCGACUUCCCCCUGGACUACGAGCAGAUCGAGGCUUAUAUCUCCAAGAAGCUUCUCCUUGCACUUGUGUGGUCUUUCACAGGUGACUGCCCGCUGGUGGAUCGCAAAGCCUUUGGUCAAUACGUUUCUGCUUUGACGACAACUGAUCUACCGCCGGAUGGCUCGUCAUCUAUCAUUGAUUUUGAUAUUACUUUGCCGAAGGCCGAAUGGACGAGCUGGCAAUCGCAAGUGCCCUCAGUUGAGAUCAACACACAUUCAAUCACACAAACUGAUGUGGUCAUUCCUACGGUGGACACUGUUCGCCAUGAAGACGUGUUAUACUCCUGGCUCGCGGAGCACAAGCCCCUGUUGCUGUGCGGUCCUCCCGGUUCCGGUAAAACUAUGACACUGUUUGCUGCCCUCCGUAAGCUGCCGAACAUGGAGGUUGUUGGUCUCAACUUUUCCAGCGCCACUACUCCUGAUCUCUUGAUCAAGACCUUCGAGCAGUAUUGCGAGUACAAGAAGACUCUUAACGGUGUUGUCAUGUCUCCGAACCAGAUUGGUCGCUGGCUGGUCAUCUUCUGUGACGAGAUCAACUUGCCCGCACCCGACAGAUAUGGAACCCAACGUGCAAUCUCCUUCCUUCGCCAGCUUGUUGAGCAGAAUGGUUUCUGGAGAACUUCAGACAAAACUUGGGUUACCCUCGACCGCAUCCAGUUUGUUGGUGCUUGUAACCCUCCUACCGAUGCAGGACGUACUCCCAUGGCUGAGCGUUUCUUGCGUCAUGCUCCUCUUAUCAUGGUUGACUAUCCUGGAGAGAUCUCACUCAUGCAGAUCUAUGGAACUUUCAACUCUGCCAUUCUCAAGAUUCUUCCUCUGUUGCGCGGAUAUUCUGAAUCCCUCACGAAGGCCAUGGUUCGAUUCUACCUGGAAUCGCAGACCAGGUUCACGCCUAAGAUUCAACCCCACUAUGUUUACUCGCCGCGUGAGCUUACCAGGUGGGUUCGUGGUGUCUACGAAGCUAUCAAGCCGCUUGAAACACUCUCUGUCGAGGGUCUCGUCCGGAUUUGGGCACACGAAGCACUGCGUUUGUUCCAGGAUCGACUUGUGACUGAGGAGGAGAGAGGAUGGACUGCAGACGCCGUUCGCCGUAUUGCUCUUGACAAUUUCCCUAGCAUCGACGAGGAGCAGGCUCUGAAGGGCCCGAUCUUGUUCUCCAACUGGCUGUCCAAGAACUACGUCCCCGUUGAGCAGGAGCGCCUGCGUGACUUCGUCAAGGCACGUCUCAAGACAUUCUGUGAGGAAGAGGUCGAUGUCCCUCUCGUUUUGUUCAACGAUGUCUUGGAGCAUGCCUUACGCAUUGACCGAGUCUUCCGACAGCCUCAAGGCCAUCUCAUUCUCAUCGGUGUCAGUGGAAGUGGUAAGACUACACUGUCACGUUUUGUUGCCUGGAUGAACGGCUUGAAGGUGUUCCAGAUCAAGGUGCAUGGCAAGUACUCUUCCGAGGACUUCGAUGAUGACCUUCGAACUGUUCUUCGGCGCGCAGGCUGCAGGGGCGAGAAGAUCUGUUUCAUCAUGGACGAAGCUAACGUUCUCGACUCUGGUUUCCUUGAACGUAUGAAUACUCUUCUGGCCAACGCAGAGGUUCCCGGUCUGUUCGAGGGGGAUGAAUUCUCGUCUUUGAUGACCGCCUGUAAGGAGGGUGCGCAGCGACAAGGUCUCCUGCUCGAUAGCCAAGAGGAGUUGUACAAGUGGUUUACGCAGCAGAUUGUCAAGAAUCUCCACGUUGUGUUUACCAUGAAUCCGCCGGAGGAAGGGCUCUCGUCCAAGGCCGCCACGAGUCCCGCGUUGUUCAACAGAUGCGUUCUCAACUGGAUGGGUGACUGGUCAGACCAGGCUCUCUUCCAAGUCGGCUCUGAACUUACGCAGUCGGUUGACUUGGACAAGCCGAACUUUGUGGCCCCUGAUAGCAUCCCUGUUGCCUAUCGCGAGCUUAGCCUGCCUGCAUCUCAUCGGGAUGCGGUGGUCAACUCUAUGGUCUACAUACACUACUCGCUGCAGCGCUUCAACCAGCGCUUGCAGAAGCAGCAGGACAGGACUACGUAUCUCACUCCUCGUCACUACCUUGACUUCGUUGCACAAUACGUCAAGCUCUUCAAUGAGAAACGCGAAGAUCUUGAGGAGCAACAAAGACAUUUGAACGUCGGUCUUGAGAAGCUGCGGGAUACUGUCGACAAGGUGAGCGAUCUGCGAGCCAGUCUUGCCCAGAAGAAGACGCAGCUGGAGAAGAAAGACACGGAAGCGAACGAAAAACUCCAGCGCAUGGUUGCCGACCAACGGGAGGCCGAGCAGCGUAAGGCCGUGUCUCUCGAGGUUCAAGCAGCCUUGGAGAAGCAGGAGAAGGAGGUUGCACUGCGGAAAGAGGUCGUCUUGAACGAUCUCGCCAAAGCCGAGCCGGCGGUCCUGGAGGCUCAGAAGAGUGUCAGCAACAUCAAGCGUCAGCAUUUGACGGAAGUGCGUUCCAUGGGUAACCCCCCUGCCAGUGUUCGUCUUACGCUCGAAGCUGUCUGCACCCUGCUGAAGGAACGGCCGGAUAGCUGGAAGUCUAUUCAGGGAAUCAUUCGCAAGGAUGACUUUAUUGCAAGGAUCGUCAAAUAUGACAAUGAGACUCAGAUGACGAAACAGAUCAGGAUGAAGAUGCAAGCCGAGUUCCUUUCCAAUGAGGACUUCACCUAUGAACGAGUGAACCGUGCCAGUAAGGCCUGUGGUCCUUUGGUGCAGUGGGUCGAAGCGCAAGUUAACUAUUCCGAGAUCUUGGACCGUGUUGGGCCCCUCCGGGAGGAAGUCGAUCAGCUCGAGGAGCAAGCUCUGCAGACCAAGGCUGAGGCCCAGACCAUCGACAAUACCAUCAGAGAUCUCGAGAGCAGUAUCGCCACCUACAAGGCGGAAUAUGCAACACUCAUCAGUGAAACCCAGGCCAUCAAGACGGAAAUGGCGAGAGUACAGUUCAAGGUCGACCGGAGUGUUCGUUUGCUAGACAGCCUCUCCUCGGAGCGCAUCAGAUGGGAGGAGGGCAGCAAGUCGUUCGAGACGCAAAUCAACACACUUGUCGGUGAUGUGCUCAUCGCAGCGGCGUUCCUCGCUUAUGCUGGUUUCUACGACCAGCAAUUCCGAAAGGCCAUGAUCGACGAGUGGGUCAAUCAGCUGCAGCAAUCGGGCAUUAGCUUCAAGCCACACAACCCUAUCACGGAAUACCUGUCCAACGCCGACGAACGUCUGACAUGGCAAGACCACUCGCUACCGGUCGAUGACCUUUGCACUGAGAACGCCAUCAUUCUCAAACGCUACAACAGAUACCCUCUUAUCAUUGAUCCGUCGGGUCGCGUCACGGAGUUCUUGGAGAAAGAAAGCACCGAUCGGAAACUCACGGUCACGAGCUUCUUGGACGAUUCCUUUGUCAAACAAUUGGAAAGUGCCCUGCGUUUCGGCAAUCCCAUCCUCAUUCAAGACGCUGAGCAUCUGGAUCCCAUUUUGAACCAUGUGCUAAAUAAGGAGUAUCAGAAGACUGGUGGGCGUGUGCUCAUUCAGCUUGGCAAGCAGGAGAUCGACUUCUCGCCGUCAUUCAAGUUGUUCCUCUCCACUAGAGAUCCGUCCGCCUCGUUCCCUCCGGAUGUUUGCAGCCGGACGACCUUCGUCAAUUUCACUGUCACGCAGAGCAGCUUGCAGACGCAGUCGCUCAAUGAAGUUCUCAAGUUCGAGCGCCCUGACGUUGAUGCCCGGCGGACCGACCUGGUCAAAUUGCAGGGAGAGUUCAAGAUCCAUCUUCGUCAGCUCGAAAAGCGACUUCUCCAGGCGCUCAACGAGUCUCGCGGUAACAUCCUUGACGAUGACAAUGUCAUUGAAACGCUCGAGACAUUGAAGAAGGAAGCAGCGGAGAUCUCCAAGAAGAUGCUGGAGACCGAGGGUGUCAUGACGGAAGUUGAGAAUAUCACGCUCAACUACAGCAUCAUUGCCCGUUCUUGCAGUGCCGUGUUUGCUGUUCUGGAGCAGCUUCACCAUAUCAAUCAUUUCUACCAGUUCUCUCUGCAGUUCUUUGUUGAUAUCUUCAACUCGGUCCUGUAUCAGAACAAACGUCUUGCCCAAGAAAAGGACCAUGCUGCACGAGUUCAGAUCAUCCUUCGGGACCUGUUCGUUACGACUUACCAGCGUACCUCGCUUGGACUGAUUCAGAAAGACCGGAUCACUUUGGCAAUGCUCCUUGCUCAGGCGGCUCCCUACGCAAUGGACAAGAGUAUCAUCGACAUGAUCCUUGAUGAGUCGAUGGAGGGCGUGGACCUUUCUACGGCCCCUGAACGUAAGGAGGAAGUGAUUAACAAGAUUUCCAACAUGUCUAUUUUCAAGGCGACCUUCCCUGCCAUUACUCCCGAGCAAUGGAACCAGUUCCUCGGCGAGGAGCUGGCGGAGAACUUUAUCCCUGCCGUGUGGGAUGACAACACAGAGAAUCUGGAUAAGCUACUUCGGUCGUUGUUGUUGGUGAAACUUUGCAGGAUGGACCGCUUCGUGCCUACUGCGGAGCGUUUCAUCGAGGCUGUCUUCGGUCGGGAGCUGUUCGAGGGAAGCACGGAUCUGAAGGAUAUUGUGGAGCAGGUCACGGCGACCACGCCAAUCUCUCUGAGCUCGAGUCCUGGCUUCGACGCAAGCUACAAGGUCGAUGCCCUUGUUGAACGCAUGGCCGCCACCUGCGCGAACAUCGCCAUGGGUUCCAACGAGGGUCUGGAGAGCGCCGACAAGGCGAUCAGCAACGCCGCUGCGGCCGGCACCUGGGUCCAAGUCAAGAACGUACAUCUGGCGCCUGCCUGGCUGCAGAGUCUGGAGAAACGUCUGGAGUCGCUCAAGCCCCACAAGGAUUUCCGACUUUUCCUGUCCAUGGAAUCCAGCCCGAAGAUCCCGGUCAAUCUCCUCCGUGCCUCCCGAGUGCUGAUGUACGAGCAGCCCGCCGGUGUCCGUGCCAACAUGAAGGAUUCGCUCUCGUCAUUGUCUACGAGAGCCUCCAAGGCGCCGGUCGAGAAGGCUCGUGUCUACCUGCUUCUGUGCUUCCUACAUGCCGUCGUGCAGGAGAGACUCCGUUAUGCCCCUAAUCUGGGAUGGAAGGGAUUCUGGGAAUUUAACGACAGCGAUUACGAAUGCUCCGCCCACAUCAUCGACUACUGGGUCGACACCGUCGCCCAGGGCCGCUCCAACGUGGCGCCCCAAAAGCUCCCCUGGGAGAUGAUCCGCACGCUCGUCACCGAGACCUACGGCGGCAAGGUCGACGAUCAAGCCGACUUCCAGCAGCUGGAGACCCUGGUCUACAAGCUCCUCACGCCCGCCGCCUUCGAGGACGAGCACCAGAUCGUGGCGGGGGUUGACAACAGCGACGACUGCCUGACCCUGCCCGGAGGCACCAGCAUCCGCGACUUCGUCGACUGGGUCAACCGCCUCCCCGAGCGCGAGCCCCCGACGUACCUGGGUCUGCCGGCCAACGCCGAGAAGCUGCUGCUCGUGGGCCACGGCAAUAAGAUGGUUUCCGAUUUGGCGAAGGUGACGACGUUGUUGGAUGAGGGUGAGCAGUUGAUGAUUGAGGGGUCUGCUUGAUUUUCCUUUCUGUUUUGAUCUUGGGUUUGGGAGGUGGUGUUGGUGGGGGUGGAAGGAAUGGAAUGAACUUUUCUUCUGAAGUGUGUUGAUGACUGAUAGCUUUAGGGGUGUUUUGAUUUAAAGGUUAAUGGGGUUCCAGGGGUGUUUAGAGGGAAGUGGGUAUCGUAGAUAGAGAAGACAAAGGGACUGUAUUUUAGAUGUGUAUACCAUU